CAAUGUCUGCUUGUGUUGAUGCUUUCUGGGACGGUCUCGGUCAUUUAACGGCACUCUGGGGGAUGUGUUGUGUGUCGGUUGGGCCAAGUGAGGCGCGUUGGGUAAUACUCGGAAGCUUUGGGGCAAUUUGUGGUCACUGCUGCGACUUCCGUGUUUGACUGUUUACGCCUGGCAGUGAGUCUUUACUCAGACAUGGAGGACCCCGAUAUGCGACAACAAAAGCUGGACAACCAGCGUACCCUUUUGAUAAAAAAGCAGCAAAAGAAGAGGGCUGAUUCUCAAAUGGUGGUAGCCAAUCGGGACACGCGCCAAAAGAACCGCAAGCACAAAGCUUCCCGCUCGGAUGAAACACCUCUGUUAAUCAGCCAAUCCCUGAGCAACACAUCCCUGAGUGAUCAAGUUGAACAUGCCCAUGAUAACCCAUUGGACGAGAUCACAUUGGGUGAAUGCGACAUGACAGCAAACAUGAUGUCAGAUGAGAUGCCUUCAGAGAAGCCUGUUACUCCCAAGAGAAUGGACUUGGAGAUUGACAAAGAGGCUGAGGUGAAGUGUGAAGUGGAGAAUGAUGCUCAGGUGGAGGGAAAAAAGACUAAGAAGAAAGAAGUGAAGAAAGAAAAAGCCAAACAGACGGAACAGAAUGAUGAACAGGAGACAGAGCAGGAAAAAGACAAGGAGAAAAAGGAGAAGAAAACAAAAAAGAAAGACAAAGUGAAAGAAUCUGAAGACCCACAGAAGACAAACAAGACAACCAAACAAGAGCGUAAAAAGAAGCACUUACUGGAGCCUCCAACCCAGGAGACAGAGUCAGUGGUGGAGGUGGCAAGUCCAAAGAAGAAUAAACUUGAUGAAAGUGACGAUGAAGAGGAAGACGGGUCCCAGAGGCCUCUCCCUCAAUCGCCUAAGAGGAAAAAACAACUCGACACAUCCAGGUGCCAAAUAAGUGAUGACAGCAAAGACGAGGAAACCCAGGAAAAGGAGAAAAAGGAGAAAAAGACAACCAAAGCAGAAAAAACUACGCCAAGUCUCGCCUCCCUUAACUCCAACUACAGGAAGGGUUCAUCUUCAGGCAGUGAAUCUGAUGACAGAUCAUCCUCUCCGAUGUCAGUGGAGGAUCUUGAGAAGUUUGCUUUGCGUCCGGCCCCCAGAGAUGUGACGAUCCAGUGCAGGGUCACCAGGGACAGGAGGGGCAUGGAGAAGGGCAUUUACCCGACUUACUACCUCCACAUGGAGAAGGAGGACGGCAAAAGGGUGUUCCUAAUGGCAGGCAGAAAAAGGAAGAAAUGCAAAACAUCCAACUAUCUCAUCUCCACUGACCCGACAAACCUGUCCAGAGACACAAACUGCUACAUUGGAAAACUAAGGUCCAACGUUCUUGGUACAAAGUUUACAGUCUAUGAUGGAGGUGAAAACCCAGAGAAAAAGCCUUUCAUCAAAGAGUGUGAGUCAGUGCGGCAAGAGCUGGCAGCAAUUUGCUAUGAGACAAAUGUGCUGGGGUUUAAAGGUCCCAGGAAAAUGACGGUGAUCAUCCCCGGCAUGUUGGAGAACGAUGAAAGAGUGUCCAUUCGUCCGAAAACUGAACUUGAUACUCUACUGGUCCGCCAUGCGAACAGCAACACAGACAAACUGGUCACCCUGGUGAACAAAUCCCCGAGCUGGAACGAACAGACUCAGUCGUACGUGCUUAACUUCCACGGACGUGUGACCCAGGCCUCUGUCAAGAACUUCCAGAUCAUCCACCCCGACAAUGGGGAUUACAUAGUGAUGCAGUUUGGCCGUGUAGCGGAGGACGUCUUCUCCAUGGAUUACAGUUUCCCCAUGUGUGCCCUGCAAGCCUUUGCCAUCACCCUGUCAUCUUUUGAUGGCAAACUGGCCUGUGAGUGACCCAUGCUGGUGUGCCUCAAGUGCUUAACUAGAUCCCUGAUCUAGAUAGAAACUUACAGUUUAAAUUAAAGCUAUACCCAUGAUUUUCCACAGGGUCAUUUUUCAUGGUUUGUAUCCUGGUGCAUUGUAACACUUUGCGUACAAAAGAAUGCCACAGACUUAGACUUGUUUUAUAGGUCCAGUAUUAUUGUACCACUGGUUUUAUAUUGAAGUGGAAGAACAGUCGUUUAAGUUAGUACAUGUUAAUUUAAUGGUCAUUCUUUUUAUAUUUUCCAGAUAUGUAAAUUACUUGUUCAAUUUAAAUAUUGAGGACAACUGUUUAAACACUACCAGUGAAAAAUUAAAUGAUAAUAAUACAUGGUU